AUGGCCGUGACGACAAAGGAGGCGGACGUGGCGUUGCUGAAGGGCAUGUUCCCCCAAUUCAACGAGGACCGCCUGCGCCAGACGCUGGCGUACCACCGCGGCAACGUCGACCAGGCGGCGACGGAGCUGCUAUCGGGAGGCACCACCCCCGUCCAUGCUCCCCCGCCAGCGACUGCCGAGUGGGCCUGUGCGACCUGCACUUUCGCGAACGCAGCCAGCAGCCAGCAGUGCGCCAUGUGCGACUCGCCCAACCCGACCAGGGAGACUGAAGCUUCGCCCCUUCGAAGCGACGACAGGGGAGGAGCGGGUGGUACCGCCGUGGUGGAACACGUUCUGGCGCGAACACCAGUCAACGGUCACCUGCGAUGA